ACUGAACCAAACAUAAGCAAUUAUCAGUCAGUUUCUACUACGGAUUGCAAUAAUCAAUUCAAUUACCUCUUUCAAUCUUUCGAUUAGAUUUUGCGACCGAGAUGCGUCAUUGCCAAGACCCUAAGCGAGUCAAUCUACAAAAGCACGAGGUUCCUUCCUGUUCCUGAAAGGUGCUGCCUGGACGCCAACAACAAUCAUCCUGUGUUUAUCUGUCCGGACUUUCACUGUCAAGAAGCAUGUUUUGAACCCCUGAAAUCGUACAUUAGGAAUUGUGUCGUUUCGAUCAUCAAUUGCUCGUACAGAGACCAGGAGAAGACGAGUAACAACCAAACUGAAUGAACAAUGACAACCCUAGAAAAGCUACGACCAGUCGGUCCAUUGGAGCGAUAUUCCACGGCCCGCCAUCAUCUUGGCUUCUACAACAACGUCGCCCUCACAGCGAGGCAUCUCGUGCCUUACGAUGAUGAGUCGUCGCUGAAGGAUCGGAUCUAUGGAGCGUGUGCUACUGUGAUAAAUGACUAUCCCAUGCUAUCGGCUGUCCCGGUUGACGAGGGCAGCAGAGAGCCGUACUUUGCACGGCUACCAAAGAUCACUCUCGACCGAACAGUGUCUUUCUAUUCGCGUAAGAUUCAUCUUACUAACGAUGACGACGAGGAUGCGGAAUUAGAUAGCCUGCUGGAGACCCAGCACAAUACGUCUUUCAAGACCGAUCCCGGAUCUGAGAUGUCCACUGCUUGGCGCCUAGUGGUUAUACUGGAUUCCGAGGAUCGAUCGGCUUUUGACGUCGCAUUCAUCUUUCACCAUGCACUUGGGGACGGCAUGUCGGGUCUUAUCUUCCACAGAGCGUUUUCUGAGGCCCUGGUAUCAUUUAACGGGACCCCACCAACGGAAGUUAUUUCCCCCAGCCGAGAGAUUUCGCCAGCUUUGGAGUCCGCGCUUUACAUCACCAUAUCACCGCUAUAUCUCUUGAAAGAGGUCUUUUGGUCCAGCAUUGGCUGGCAGGAGCGAGGUCUCUGGGUUGCAAAUCCGACCGGAACUACCCCAAAGUCGCGCUACCGAUCAAUGCGGUUCUCGAAAGAUACAACCGCACGGCUCUUAUCGAUCUGCAGGGAAAAUGAGACAACGGUGUCUGCCUUGCUCCAGGUGCAAAUUGCAAGAACUUUGUUCAGUAUACUUCCAUCCACAUACGGCAAACUGCUUUGCAAUGGAGCAGCUACCGCCCGACGCUGGAUGGAUGUGAAUGCUGUCGACGACAAUACUAUAGGUUGCUAUGUUGCGGCCUACUCUGAAACCUAUAUUCGCAACGCUCUUCAGACCGAUGACUUCCCGUGGCACAUAGCCCGUCAAUCCCGAGAGAACAUACUCAAGUUGAUCGACACAAAAGGGAAGGAUAACCCCAUUGGCCUGCUUCGGUUUAUACCAGACGUCAAUAAGAUGCUUCUUUCAAAGAUCGGCAAACCUCGGACAAACAGCUUCUCCAUCUCCAAUGUCGGUCUAUUUAGUCCUAAAGAGUCAGCGGAACCUGCGGCAACAACUAGCAAUGCUGGACCACGAGUGGGAAAGAUGCUAUUCAGCCAAUCCGGCAACCAUUUCGGAACUCCGUUCGAAGCCUGCGUGGUGACAGGAGGAGAUGGCUGUCUGACGAUAGGAUUUGCCUGGGCUGACGCAGCCUUUAAUGAAGAACUCCUCCUUCAACUCAUGCACGGUGUCAAACAUGGUCUGGAGGAUUUGGUGUUGCCUUAAACACGCAUACAGAUGAUGGGGCGGCCCUUCUUCCACAUCCCAGAGUGCCGUUAGCUCUUUGCUCAUUGCCUACCUAGUCAAGGCACGUGGUUUUCAUAUGACCGCUAUUAAUACUAAUAUUAAUACUAAUAUCCAUACGGGGCUCCCCGAGAACAGGGAAUAAUAAUAAUGUUAAUGACAAGAAUCACUAUACUUUCUGUUGGACUUGUC